AUGGAUUGCUUUGAGAAUGGAAAGAUUUGUACUCAAACAGGCUCCCAGCAGCACAGGGAGAGUGGCUGUCAGGUGGCUGAGGCUGGCAGACCUGUCAGACGUCUCCGGAGGAAGAGAAGAUUGCCUUUGGAUUCGGAGGAUGAGGAGGAAAAUGCAUAUGAGGAUGAGGAGAAGAAUAAAUCAAAUAAUAUGAAAAGCCGCAGAAACACUAAACCAAUAAAACAAGUGCUUCCUGGAAAGAAGAAGGUAUGGAACUGGUCUUCCUACUUGGAAGAGGAACAGAUGCCAGCUGCUUCCCAAAAGCUGUUCAGAGAGUAUCAAUCAUUCCCACAAGGCCGAAAUGGAUUUAAAGUUGGAAUGAAAUUGGAAGGGGUGGAUCCUGAACACCCCUCUCGAUUCUGUGUUCUCACAGUUGCUGAGGUCCAGGGGUACAGGAUGCGACUGCACUUCGAUGGUUACCCAGAGUGCUACGACUUCUGGGCUAAUGCUGAUUCCUCAGACAUCCACCCUGUGGGCUGGUGUGAAAAAACAAGCCAUAAGCUGCUCCCUCCUAAAGGUUUCAAGGAGGGAGAAUUUAAUUGGACUUCCUAUCUGAAGAACUGCAAAGCUCAAGCAGCUCCAAAAAACCUUUUUAAGACCCUCAGCAGUCCUGUCACACCUUCUGGGUUUCGUCUGGGAAUGAAACUGGAGGCAGUGGACAAGAAGAACCCAUCCAUGGUUUGUGUCGCCACCAUCACAGACAUGGUGGAAAACCGGCUGCUGAUCCAUUUCGAUAACUGGGAUGAGAGCUACGACUACUGGUGUGAAACGAGCAGCCCAUAUAUCCGUCCUGUUGGCUACUGCCAAGAAACUGGAACCCCACUGACAACACCACCUGGACACAGGGAUUCCAAAGCCUUCUCAUGGGAGAAGUACUUGGAAGAAACUAAUUCCCAAGCAGCUCCUGCAAGAGCCUUUAAACUGCGUCCUCCUCACGGAUUCCAGGUUAAUACGAAGUUAGAGGCUGUGGACAGACGAAAUCCCAUCUUGAUAAGAGUGGCAACAAUCAUUGACAAAGACAACCAUCGUGUUAAGAUACAUUUUGAUGGCUGGGACCAUCACUACGAUUUCUGGGUGGAUGCAGACAGCCCUGACAUCCAUCCUGUAGGCUGGUGUGACAAAACUGGACACGCUCUGCAAGUUCCUCUAGGUGCUGAAGAUCCAGAGGGAGCAGUGGGACAGGCGUGUCCUACUCCAGGCUGCCAGGGGAUCGGGCACGUCCGGGGCCCCCGCUAUGGAACACAUUACACCUUAGUUGGCUGCCCAUACUCUGAUGUGAACCUCAGCAGAGAAAACCUCUUACAGGACCGGCUGAGUGGGGAGAGACCUUCCCCUGGGAACAUCAUGCAGAAAGCCAGGAGGCUGGAGACCCCUGGCCCAUUGCUGGGAGCAGGGGAGUCUUCUCAGGGCGACUCUUCCCAAUCCAGAAAAUCUGCACCAGACAGUGAAAAGUGGUGUCAAAGCAGCAUCCACGCUCAAUCAGAGCAAUCAGAAGACAGUCGGGAGAGAGGCUGGGGAGAGGAGGAUUCCUCUGCAGCCAUCAAAGCCACACCAAAAACGCUCGGGUGCUCACAUGCCUAUAUCAAGUUUCAGCUGGUGAAACAGGAAAGUAAUGGGAAAGGCCCUGAUUUGGAUCUCCAGCAGGCCCUCCACCAGUCCAUCUUCAUGCCUUCCCUGGCCUCUAACCCGACCCAUCGCCUCCAUCUCUUCUGGGAGCAGCACUGCAGGCUCUUGCCGGAGGUCUCAGGCCUGACAGCCAAACAAGUUGCCAAAUGGACUGUGGAGGAGGUGGUGAGUUUUAUCCAGCGUUUACCUGGCUGCAAAGAGCAAGCAUCUGUGUUCAGGGAAGAGCAGAUUGAUGGCGAGGCCUUCCUGCUCCUCAAGCAGAAUGACAUCGUUAAAAUACUCAGCAUCAAGCUGGGCCCUGCCCUGAAGAUCUACAAUGCCAUCCUCAUGUUCAAGUCUGCAGAAGACAACUGAGAAGAGGCCUUUGGCAGAUCCAGGAGGAAUUGACAGGGAAUGGAUCUUCAGCUGUGAGCAUUACAACACACCAGACAGGUGGAUUGGAACUCUGAUGCAUUUUAAGUAGAAUUUAGUAAAAAUGGUUUGAGGUUAUAAAAAUCCUGCCACAGUCUGGAAUAUGGGGCAGCUUCACUUCCAAGAAGAGGAUAUUAUUAUAUUUUGUAAUUGAAUUGGUUUUGAUAUAUCAAUCUCUUUUUGAGAUCGAGAAGAAACCUCCAGUUCUAAGGGGAAUCCAGGGUAGCACUGGUGGAGCUGCAGGAGCAAGAAGAAAGUUUUGAGUAAAACUGGCUUUGUGUCCAGUGAUAGUGCCUGAAAAACUGAGUGAUCACCAGCGAGUUUAAUGUGUUUUGUGUAAUAAAGAGAGAGGAAAAAGAUGCACUUCAAAGCAA